CCGAGCCCACGCCUCCGGCGUGGGAUAGGGAUGGGCGGAUGGCGAGGGAGGCGGGCCCUUUCCCACGCCUGCCCUUUCCCGUCUGGCUCGCUGCUCCCUCCGGCCCUCCCACGCCAUUGCCGCCACCGCUCCCCUCGGCCGAGCUCGACGGUGGUCGGUGGUCACACCUCCUCCUUUUCCGCCCUCGGCUUCCCUUUCACCGCCUGGGGCCCUGCAUCACCGCCGCGGCCACCCGCACGGCGCAGCUCGUGCCUGCCAGGCGUUCACGGUGCACCCCUCCCCCUCAUCUCUGUUUCUCCCCUCCGUUCCCUUCUCUCUCAAUCUAUCUCCUCUCUUGGUGUUCCGUCCCUGGCGGCGGCGACUUGGCGAGCGGCGGUGCUAUUCGGUCUUUGCAGCGACGAGCACCCACCAGGCAUAUCUUGGUCCCUGUGAUUUUCAGUUAUAUAUUAAGGCCUGAAGAGUCAGUUUUAUUCAACCAGUGGUUGAAUAUGGUAUCGGUUAAUCUUGGGUUAGUACAUUAUGUACUGGACCACAUAUAUGGAACUCUUCUUCAUCGCACCAAAUUAGGAACACCGUUUUUCUCAAAAGGAUGGGGAGGUACCAAACUUGAUUUGCUAGAGAGGAUGGUGAAGCAGUUAUUCCCUGAGGCACAUUGCCAGAACUGGCCACCAACUGCUGUGCAUCCAAUGUGGAAAACAGUUUGGGAGACAAACAGUUCUUGUCUGCGAGAGGGUGUUUUCCGGACUACGUGUGAUGAGAGAUUAAUCGACGCAUUGCCCCCAGAGAGUCACAAUGCAAGAGUUGCUUUUCUUACUCCUAAAAACAUCACACCAGAGAAGAUGGCAUGUGUGGUCCAUCUUGCAGGCACUGGUGAUCACACAUUUGAGCGCAGGCUUCGGCUCGGCGGGCCUCUUCUGAAGAACAAUAUUGCAACUAUGGUUCUUGAGAGCCCCUAUUAUGGACAGCGUCGUCCUAGUAUGCAGCGUGGUGCAAAGCUCCAGUGUGUGAGUGACUUGUUACUCUUAGGGAAAGCUACAAUUGAUGAAGCUCGCAGUCUACUGUACUGGCUGCAGACUGAGGCUGGCUAUGGCAAGAUGGGCAUAUGUGGACUCAGCAUGGGUGGUGUCCAUGCUGCGAUGGUGGGAUCCCUGCAUCCUACACCAAUUGCCACACUGCCAUUUCUCGCUCCACACUCUGCCGUGGUACCUUUCUGUGAAGGAGUCUACAAAUAUGCCACGGCUUGGGAUGUGUUGAGAGAAGAUGCAGCAGCAAUUACUCAAGAUGUAACAUCUUUGACAGAAGAUGCAGCGCAGAAAACUGGGAUCACUAUCGAGCAAGUCAGAGAUAGGUUGCGGUCAGUGUUGUCUUUGACUGACGUCACUCGAUUUCCAGUCCCAAAGAACCCGCAGGCUGUCAUCUUUGUUGGUGCAACGGAUGAUGGCUACAUUCCCAGACAUUCAGUUAUGGAGCUCCAGAAGGCAUGGCCAGGCUCAGAAGUCCGAUGGGUAACAGGUGGCCAUGUUUCCUCCUUUUUCCUCCACAACGAUGCGUUCCGCAAGGCCAUCGUUGAUGCCCUUGACAGAUUGUAACACCAGAGGGAAGUCAUUCCUGUGAUGCUAGUUUUAUGUUGUGACUGUUUCUGAACUUGGGUUUACAAGAUCAGCUGAACCCAUGACCACAUGCCAUAUUUGGUGGUACACCCUGUGCUGAAGGGUUUUCGUAAAUGACGAUUUGUUGUAAUUUAAUUGUUUUUUUUUCGCAUGAGAUCGGAGGGAGGCUGGCUGUACAUCAAAUAUCAUGUAACGCCCCAUUAUCUGGCAGUAGUUCUGCAAUACCUUAUUUUCUCACCAUUUAUCAAAGUGUCUGACAUGUCAAUACUGAAUGAAUCAGCUUGGCAAUUUGGCAGUUUCAAUGGUUAUUCCUUCCUAUCUCA